CCAAGUACUCGUGACAAGCACGCCCCUUUUCAAAGGCCACAAGCGACUCAGUCUUUCUACAAAACAACUGACUUAUACUGUCGAAAUGACUACUCUAACAGGCCUGACGGUCCUAGUGGCCCUGCUAGGAUGCGCGCUCUCUGCCAUGCCUAUUUCUGACAUUAAGCGCUGCCAGUAUACCGGUAUGGACGGCCACAUGUACGAUCUGUCUCCAUUGAUUAAAGGUGAUGGGUACUACUCCUUCUCUGUCCAAGCCUACGAGAUCGACAGUUAUAACAUCUACUCGCCCAAGGGAAGCGAGGCCGACCCGCUGACGUAUCAGUACUACCUGAACGUCUGCCGUAACGUCACCAAGCCUCCCGACGCCUGCAAGACAACCGCGCCGAUACUCGUGGUUAAUCCUGAUGGAACCUGUACAGCUUUGGGCAACAUAAAUGCUGCCAUAUUUGACGCGAACCCUGGUGCUGACGGUGUGUACCUGUCCUAUUACCAUGGCGACCCGUCCGGUGGGUCACGUGUUUUCCACUACCAAUCCAGCGUGUUCUUCGUGUGUGACAACAGCACAGAGAUGUCAGGUCCGAUGUUCGAACAUCAGAGCAACUGUUACCACAGCCACUUCCGGAUCCUUACCAAACACGCAUGCAAAUAAUGAUAAAAUGUUCUUUAUUGCAUAUUGAAAAAUGCCAGAAAGGCUAAAGGCAAAGAUCCGGGGCACAGCGUGUAAUACACAGAUUCUGAUUAAGAUUUGUUGAAUAUCGACUGGCGUGUCACAGUGAAGUGCAUGAGAUAUGUCGAGUAUUUACAACAUACCAUCACCCAUUAUUACAAUAAAGUUAGCAUAAAAUCUUACAUAUGUCUGCAUCAUUAUCAGUAAAAUACAGCACAAAAGCUUAUCACAACAAUGAAUACAUCAACUAACACAUUAAAAAUCAGUAUUAACAGAGAUGAAUAACACCAUAAAAACUACUAAGAUAAUACAAAGAUCAGGUUUUAAGCAAUAACUUCGGCGCACAGGGUACAAAAGAUUUUUCGUGUCUUUUCGUUUUACUAGAUGAUGAGACAGUGACUAGUUUAUCUCUGCGCACGUUGUAAUUGCAUUGCGUCGGAGUGAAUACAAAAUCCAAAAACAAUCUAAAAGCACCAAUGUACUAUUCUAGAUCUAUAUUUUCUAAAAGCGUCUUCUCUCUUUUUAAAACACGUGGAUACUAAUGUACAAAUUCUUUCAAUUACCUAAUCGAGUGUGCACUACAUACAUGUUGGUAUUUGAAUACAUCUUACUUCGGCAUUUUCUUAUAUCUCUUGGAAUUCCGAUACAACGUGUACCUGGUUUCCAGAAUAAGACACAGCCAACCAACCGUACAGC